AUGAUAAUCAUCGGUGUACUGAUCGUCAGGGGACGACUUUCCGGGCUUUGCUGGAGACUAUUCUUUUAUAGGGCACGACUUGAGCCAACCCGAAAACGAAAAAUGCAACGUCAAUACGUAAUAACAUCAAUAAUAAAAAAAUAUCGUAGAAAUUUAUUUCGUGCGUCAGUUGUCAGUCAUGAAUCUUUAAAAAAUAAAUUUCAAAAAAAUCAAGGAGAUAGCUUAAAAAAGCAACCAAAACAAAUCAAACAAUUCAUAAGAAGACCGUGGCGCUCGAAAAUUGAUAUUCUUAUUUUUCCUAACAAUAAUGAUAAUAAAUCGACCUUUCCUGUUAAAGAAAAAGAAAAAAAUCACAAACAAAUCUUCAAUAAAACAGAAACAACAACAAAAAAAUCAACAAUAAUCAAUCUCACUCAAAUUCCAGUACACAUUUCCAAAAAAAAUACUCUGCAUGGAUUUUUUCUCGAAAUAAAACAACAGGCAAUCACAGCUUUCAUGCCAAAAGGUUAUCCUGAUUCGGUGACGCAUAACUAUUGGAAUUUUGCAAAAUGGCAGUUUGUACAUAAUGUUGCUGGCGCUGUUACUGGCGCAGCAGCUUUAAAUUGGAUAAUAAAGGAUGGACUCGGACAAUUAGGUGGAGUAAUCUAUGCUGCAAUAAUGAGUGAUCGCUUCGACUCUGAGCCUAAACGACAUCGAUUCCAAUCAACGGUUGCGAUGCAACUUGCAUCAAUCUUGGAAUUGAUGACGCCGUUAUGGCCAAAUAUGUUUUUGUUGAUUGCUUCUAUUUCGAACAUUGGGAAAAAUAUUGCUUGGUUGGCUGGAUCUGCUACGAGAGCACAAAUGCAUAAAACUUUUGCACUGAGGGACAAUUUGGGUGAUUUAACAGGAAAAUCAGGAUCUCAAACCACAGCUGCCGGAUUGUUAGGAACUGGAGUUGGAAUCGUGCUCAGUACUGCAAUCACGGCUUUAUCAACCUCAGCAACACCUUUCAUAACUAUUGACUCAAUCUCAUCAACAACAUUACCGGUACUCUACAUUUUCGUGGCAUUCAUGCCAUUUUCAGCCCUCAAUAUUUACGCAAACUAUCAAUCAAGUCUUUAUGUGACCAAUAGCACUUUGAAUGUUCCUCGUGCUGAAAUGAUAUUUCACGAUGUUCUCUUACAACAUUCACCAUUCUCACCAUUAGAAUGGUGUCCAAAAAUAUCUGUGUCCACACCUCGAGAAAUCUCUGUUCGGGAGGUCUUUGUCCGUCGAUACCGAUCUAAAUUUAAUAUUCCCAUCGUGAUAGAACCCGCGUUGCACCACUACCCUUGCGAGAAAUACGACAAAGAACUUUAUUCCGCGUUUCAGCAAGAAGGAUUCAAACAUCACGAAGAGUAUUUUCUUUUACAUGUGUUUGACGAACAUUAUAUUUUCGGGAAAAAACCGUUGUCACCAUUUCAAUAUUUCUCGAAUUCGAAGAUGAAAAGCUCUGAAAAGAUAGAUGCGUUGUGGAAAGGUCCAGACUUUCAAUUAGCAUUGAAGAAUAUCAGACAGCAGCAGCACAUUGCGUUGUGGUUCUCGCAGAGAGCGAAACCAAAGGAUAUGAUUAAAGGAUUUGCGCAUGCAUGUGCAUUUAGAUUUAGCUUAGAUAAAAAAAUACAAGAGAAACUGGAACAUAAAGAUCCCGAAAAGGUGUUUAGUUAUAGAGAUAGAGAACAGGUGACGAAAGUUGUGGCAGAGACCUAUGAUUGGGUUGAUAAGGUUUCUGAAGAAUUAUUUGAAGAGUUGUUAGCGAAAAAGUGGGAUAUUGAGUAUUUAUUCUUUGCUGAAGGAGAAGAUGGAAGAUUAUUUGUUGAACGAUAA